UAUUUAGUGAUGUCGUUCGGACUCACGAACGCACCCGCCACGUUCCAGGCCGAGAUGAAUCAUAUUCUCUGCUUGCUACUUGAUGAGUGUGUCGUGGUGUACCUGGGCGAUAUCCUAAUCUACGCCAAGACAAUGGAUGAACACAUACGUCACCUACAGCAAGUGUUCGAGAUCCUUUGGAAGGAACAACUCUACGCCAAACUCUCGAAAAGCGAGUUUGCGUUGAAUCAAGUUCCCUUCUUGGGACACGUCGUCAGCGCACAUGGAGUACACGUGGACCCCAAGAAGAUUGAAGCAGCAAAGCAGUGGAAGCAGCCAGAUAACGUGAAGGAGCUUCAAACUCGGCUUUGCAAACUAUUGUGGGUACCAAAUUACGCACCCUUGAAGCAACUACUGCUAGAGGAAUAUCACGACACUACGUUAGCGGGACACUUCGGCAGCAACAAGACCCUGACAGGCAUCGCCAAAUACUACUACUGGCCAAAUAUGGCGACACACGUCCAGGAGUUCGUUACAUCUUGCGACACGUGCCAGCGGAUGAAGAGCAGUAAGCAGAAGAAGCGUGGCCUCCUCCAACCAGUGCCCGUUCCUGAGCAGCCUUGGCAUACAGUGAGCAUGGACUUUAUUACACGACUCCAGCGUAUGGCAGUAGGACACGAUGCAAUCAUGGUGGUUAUCGACAAAUCCUCCAAAAUGGGCAACUUUAUCGCCACUCACGCGAACGCCACUACCGAAGAAAUAGCUCAAUUGUUCUUCCACCGAGUCGCUUACCUCCAUGGGAUCCCGAGGACUCUGAUUUCUGACAGAGAUCCGAAGUUCACUAGCAAGUUCUGGAAGGAACUCAUGCGACUCCUUGGAACCCGUUUGGCGAUGUCAUCCUAGGAAGUUGCACUCGCUAUUCAUCCUCCA